GCCCAGCCAAACCCAGAACGCUGACCUUGCCCAGUAUAUAUAAGGUGGCGAGCUUUCUUUCUUCUCCAUCUUCAAAUCACAUCUCAGUUAAUUCUUUUGCUUCUGUUUUCCUUCCAGAGAAGAAAAUGUCAAUUUCAGUUCUUAACAUUUCAAUAUCUCCUGCAAAAGCUGCAGUGUUCUUGUUUAUGGUGAUGCUGUUUAAUACUGCAUGCCAAGCUCAGCUCACCUCUAUGUUUUAUGACAAUUCUUGUCCAAAUGCACUCAGUACUAUCAGAACUUCCAUCAGAAAUUCAAUUGCUGCAGAACGGAGAAUGGCAGCUUCUCUCGUUCGUCUUCACUUUCAUGAUUGCUUCGUUCAGGGUUGUGAUGCUUCAAUCUUGCUUGACGAGACUUCAUCUAUUGAGAGUGAAAAGACUGCAAUUCCAAAUAAGGAUUCUAUAAGAGGUUUUCAAGUCAUUGACAAGGCAAAAUCUGAAGUAGAAAAGAUAUGCCCUGGAGUUGUAUCUUGUGCAGAUAUAAUUGCUGUGGCAGCAAGAGACGCAUCUGCAUAUGUUGGAGGUCCAUCCUGGACAGUGAUGCUUGGAAGAAGAGACUCGACUACUGCGAGCAGAACUCUAGCAAACAAUGAACUGCCAAGCUUUAAAGAUGGCCUGGACAGACUUAUAUCUCGCUUUCAGAGUAAAGGCCUUAGCGCAAGGGACAUGGUUGCCUUGUCAGGUGCUCAUACCAUUGGUCAAGCUCAAUGCUUUACAUUUCGUGAUAGGAUAUAUGGUAAUAUUUCCAUAGACGCUGGAUUUGCAAGCACUCGCAAGCGUACUUGUCCAGCUGUUGGUGGUGAUACAAACUUGGCUCCCUUUGAUUUGGUGACACCAAAUUCUUUCGACAACAACUACUUCAAGAAUCUUAUACAAAAGAAAGGUCUUCUUGAAUCUGAUCAAGUUCUUUUUAGUGGAGGUUCUACAGACAGCAUUGUCUCAGAAUAUAGCAGGAGUCCUGCAGCCUUCAACUCCGAUUUUGCAUCUGCCAUGAUUAGAAUGGGAAAUGUCAAUCCUCUCACUGGUACUGCUGGGCAGAUAAGGAAGAUUUGCAGUGCUGUGAACUAAUUUUUCUGCUUCCCUUAUGUUUCAUUCCAUGCCUUCCUUUCUUCAAGUUAGAUUGCAUAAGCAUGUAUUCCUUUUACCUGAAGAAAAUUUUGUCAUUCUUUUUUUCCCCAUUAAGUGUAAGGACAAAAUAUGUCUUUUUCAUCUCAUUUGUAUUUCAAUUGGUUAAUUUAUU